AUGUGCGGUCGGUAUGCGUUACCUCGUCAACAAGUCCACCGCGUCGCAGAGCAUCCAGCGCACCCAAAUGUCGGCGAAUGGAUUGAUGAGGAUCGGUUCGUCCCUCGGUACAACAUCGCCCCACGCACAUACGCUCCUGUCAUUCGACGGCGUUCCCUCUCCGAGGCCUCUUCUCAGUCGAGCCAGAGUGAUAGCCGUGAAGACCUGAUCAUGCAAACGAUGCGCUGGGGACUUGUCCCGUCGUGGAGCGAUCAUGAAGACAAAACACUCAGUACGACCAACGCCAGGUCAGAGAACCUCGUCGAAGGCGGCGGCGGCAUAUGGGGAUCUAUCAAGGGGAAGAAGAGGUGUGCUGUUGUAGCUCAUGGAUACUAUGAAUGGUUGACGAAAGGCAAGGACAAGCUCCCACAUUUCAUCAAGCAUACAGACAGCCCGCUGAUGCUCAUGGCUGGUUUGUACGAUUGUGUGAUGCUAAAAAAUUCCGAUACACCUCUCUGGACCUUCACCAUCGUUACGACGCCCGCGAACCCAUCCCUGAGUUGGCUGCACGACAGACAACCCCUCAUUCUCUCAUCCCCGGAGGCUCUCCGCACAUGGCUAGACACCUCGUCGCAAUCAUGGACGCCCGAGCUAACAAAACUCGUCAUCCAUCCCACCAACUCCAGUACCGACAGGGAAGGCAAGCUGGAAUGCUAUCAAGUGCCUAAAGAAGUCGGCAAAGUUGGGACCGAAUCGCCCUCGUACAUCGAACCCGUGUCCCAGCGGAAAGACGGCAUUGAAGCCAUGUUCGCCAAGGCAAAAUCCAAACCAACUGCGUCGUCCCAGCAGCCCUCAGCUCCAACAGAACAUACUAUGACUACUACAGUUGUCGCCAAAUCGUCUCCGCCUUCCCCGCCUUCACAGAAACGAAAACGAACUCUGAGCCCCGAUCCCGAUCUGAGUUUAACAUCAGAAGUGAUAGCGCUUCCCGAAACAGGCCCGUCAAAACGUUCUUUCAAGCCGGCCCCGUCGUUGCCACCCACCCCAAAGAAGCCAAAGAACACCUCGUCGAGCCCCAAGAAAACCAAGGCCAAGGCGGAUAGCUCCAGCGGCUCGGCGAAGAUUACUUCCUUCUUCAAGAAGGAAUAA